GCGCUCGUCAGCGGCAGCCCGUACUACCUCUACGCGGGGCGGCGGCCUGCUCCGUGCGGCGCGUGCACGGCGAUGUCACAACACGUUCGCCUGUUUGACGAGUCAACAGGUGGAGAAACAACAAAAACAAGAACAACGGGAUACCCCACGAAUGAGAGCGCGAAUUCGAUGGUUCUGCCGACACGCGUGUCUAGCGCAUCGCGGACAAAUGUCAGUGAUGCCACCCACUGCAGGAAGGCGCGUGUCGCCAUGCUACGCGGCAGCGGUCCGUUGUGGUGAUUUUUACUGCAGUUGGGGCCUGUCGUCAUAG